AUGGCCUCUCCCGCUGCUGCUCAAACUACCUCUAAAUUCCAGGCGUUCAUGAACCAUCCUGCUGGACCCAAAACAAUCUUCUUCUGGGCCCCUAUGGCGAAAUGGGGAUUAGUAGCUGCCGGAUUAAAGGAUCUUUCCAGACCUGCAGAUAAAUUAUCGGUCUCCCAGAAUGUCGCUUUGGCUGCUACAGGUUUCAUCUGGGUCCGAUACUCAUUCGUAAUCACCCCAGUCAACUACUCCCUUGCCGCUGUCAACUUCUUUGUCGGUUCUACGGGUGUAGCUCAACUCUAUAGGAUUUGGGACUUCAACAGGAAUAAACCCCUUACCGCUUCUGUCACUCCGUCCGCGUAG